CUUGCAUAUUGUUAAACAGGGGAAAACGGUCCAAUAGGGAAGAUGUUGUUUGUCGUUGGUUGUUGUGGUGUUUUCAUGUUUUAUGGUUGUAUAUUUCCAGUGGAAGCUACUUUUUACUCUUCUCUAAAUGACAAACUGCAAGAUGCAGUUGAUAUCCGAGUAUCUUCAAGUGUUAUUUACACUGUCAACAAAAACUUUCUAAGUGUGGCUCUGUCCCAGAGCAUUCUUAACACCACAAAGCAAAUAAAGAAACACUUCAAAUUCAGAUCUAAGAAGCUACAAGCCAUUGCUGAAGCACUGUCUCCAUGUUACCUGAGAAUGGGUGGAAAUAAGGCAGAUUUCCUUAUAUUCUCCAUGAAUGGAACUGAAUCUGUCGGUCCAGAAUCAAAUUCUUAUGAAUCCAAACAUAUGAACAAACAGGAUCUGCAACAAGAAGAUGCCGCACUCCGAUUUGUGCCAUUAUCAAACACUUUUGGAUUUGAGAAAAAAAGAAAUUAUACAAACUUCACAAUGACAGCUAGUAUGUGGGAUGAUAUCAACCAUUUCAUGACCAAGGUGGGAUGGGACUUCCUGUUUGACCUCAAUGUCUUCCUUCGUAAGGACGGCCAAUGGGAUUCUGACAAUGCUAAGCUUCUCCUGAAAUAUACAGCGUCGAAGGGAUAUCGUCUAGCAGGAUGGGAGCUCGGAAAUGAGCCAGAUGAUUUCCAUGGUUACGGGUUUGACAUACCGGCUGCUCAACUGGCCAAGGACUAUUCCACGAUGAAAAAUUUACUAAGUUCGCUGCCCGACUACGAAAACUUUCAGAUCAUGGGACCAAGUGUAACUCAGUUGCUACAUGUCCGGUCACAGAUUUAUUUCUCUGACUUUCUUCAAAAUGGCGGAAAAAAUACCGUAACAUCUCCAACAUUCCAUCAUUACUAUGUUGACGGAAAAGUAGCGACUAUUGAGGAUUUCCUCAGUCCAUAUGUUCUUGAUGGCCUAGCUCCAGAGAUCAUCACCGGUAACAAGAUUGUGGCCCAGUAUGCUCCUGGGAAGAGGGUGUGGCUGGGAGAAACCAGCUCUGCUUGGGGAGGAGGGGCCACUGGUCUUUCAGACAGAUAUGUUGCUGGCUUUAUGUGGUUGGACAAGCUUGGCGUGGCGGCCAGUCAGGGAAUUGAGGUGGUCAUACGUCAGGCAUUCUAUGGUGCUAGGUAUGGACUGAUAGAUUGGCAAACUCUGGAACCAAACCCUGAUUACUGGCUGUCAGUUCUCUACAAGAAGCUUGUCGGGUCCAAAGUGUUGCUGACAGACAGUUCGGACAAGACUGGACACUUGCGAGUCUAUGCUCACUGUUCCACAGACAAAUAUCCCGCUGGAAGCGUAACAGUGUAUGUGUUAAAUCUGUGGACUGCAUCAGUUAAUAUCACAUCUAGUCUGUUUGAAAAUCAGGACCUUCAUAUGUUUCUUCUUCACUCCGAUGGGGAUCUGCGGUCUCAAGAUGUUUAUUUGAACGGGAAGUUAUUACAUAUGGAAGGAGACGCUUUGCCCGACCUUAUGACCCCUACCGUCGUCCAUGCUCCCGUUCCCUGGCCUGGACAGACCUUCGGCUUUCUGGUUUUACCCAAUGCCAAAGCAAAAGCCUGCAUAUGAUAGGAAAAUAGCUGGUGACUGGAACUAUAAAACGAAGCAGCUAACUCAUCAUAAACAAUGGAAGACAUUUUAUAUACUGCACACAGUCAUGAAAAUAUGACAAGUUCAACAACCUAAAAAUUGUGCUAUGAUAUUGCAGUGUUUGAAGUUUAACGUUUACAAUUUGAGAUUUUUUUUAAAUUUGCUUGCAAAUUUGAACUACCGUUCUUGAGUGUUGUUUUUCUUGUCAGUCUUUUUCUUAAAAAGUUUGGGCAGUUCUCUGAACAUUCCAGUUUUUACUAUCAUUUACAUUGCUGGAAGAAUUCAGUCAAAUUUCUAUUCAAAUUAAUAAAAUAGAUAUCUUUAUCCCAUAUGUGGACUCAAAAGUAUGAAAGAUACAGCAAAGUAUAUAUAUGCUUUCAAUAGCGUACAGAGAUUUAUACUUGUAAGUGGUUUUACUCCAUACCUUUUUCUACACUUAACACGAAAAUUAUAUAAGUAUAAUUUUUACCGUCAACAUAAUGCUGCGCUGAUUUAAAUUUGUAAACCACCAAUGACUUUCGUGUUUUGUCCUUUAAUACUGUCUGAUUGACAAGAGAAAAGCUAUUCAGAAUACACACAAUACUAAAAUAAAAUUUCAAGAUGGAAAUAUAUUCAUGAUAUGUCUUUUUUUUGGUGUGAUAUGUCUGUUUUCCAUACCAGACUUUUUUUUUAUAAACAAAAUCUCUUUCAAAUUGAUGUUUUGUUAAAAAAUAGGUAUUUUUUAAUCCACACAAGUAUUUUUACAAACAUUAAACAAAAAUCUGAAACUGUUUCCAUGGGGAAUCUGUUACUGUACUUAUUAUAACAGUGGUAUAAUUGUACAUAAACAGGGUUGUUUUUGUGGCAGUUUUUUUUUAAAAAACCUAGUUGUGUAACACAUCACCACUGCAAAACUGCACACUUCUGUGGUUAGUAACCUUCCACCUAAACCAAGUGCAGCAUUGGAAUUAUAACGUUACUGAAAUCUCAUAGAUCCUCCCCACUUGACCCAAGUUGUAAUGUAAUCAGAUUUUAUUGCAUAAUAUCACAGAAGAAUUAGCUGCAAGCUAUCACAACUUAUUGAUGCCUUUUCUGGAAUUAUGAUACACAAGAACACAACAGUGUAGCUGUUAUAUGAUGAACAAUAAAAUUUAGAAGGUAGAACAAAUUAUAUAUUAGUGCAAGUAAUUUUUCUUACUUAACAAUUGCAAUUUUACAUUUUUAAUAUAUUUUUACUUGUUAAUAAUUGAUAUUAUAUUAAAGUAGUUUUCUCCAAGAUCUGUCAGUUGUACCGAUAUUUUAAAAUUUGUGCAAUCUAUUUUUGAAGGCUUAUUUGAAUUUAAUGUACACUUGCAACAUUUAAUAUAUAUAUAUUAUAUUUAUAAGCUUUGAUACAAAAUGUAGUUUGGUGCUGAUUAUUAGCUCACCUGUGCAGUCUUUGUUGAAAUGUUAUGGUCGUCAUACUUACUCGAGUUUUAAUGAAAGUGAUUGGAAUUCAGCUCAAUCCAGAAUUUGGUCUUGUUCGCUACCAAAUGUGCUGAAACAGCUGGUUUCACUCUGUGUUUUGUAAGAGUUCAUGAUGCAUUUCAUUUUGUUUUGUUGUCUCAUGAAUUCAUGUUAUUGUCUGUAUCAAAUUUAUGUAUCAUCUUGUCUUUAUGUUGAUGCUGUGAAUAAACUAUUUAUAGCUCACAGAUUGUAAGAAGGCCUAUUGUAAGUCAAAUGAUCAUACCAAGUAUGUUAAGAAAGUCUUUUUAGUGUUAAAAACUGGUGAUCGGAUAGGUAAUUGUUAAACUUCCGGCAUUAGAAGAAUUUUGUGUGAAACCUUAGAACCCCAGAAGAGAUUUUAAAAUAAUUGUAUUGUUUAUCUCAAAAUGGCCCUUUGUGAAAACCUUGUCUGAAUAUUACUGAUUUAAUUAGUCAUUCAAUAUGUAAACCAGAUGCUCAGGGGCCGGUCACUUAAAUAGUGAUUUGGUUAUUUUUACUGGAGUUACCUCCCUUUUUUAGGUACAUGUAUACUUUGUAAAUGUACCGUAACUAGUUAACAAAUGGUUGUAUGUUUCAGUUAUUUCUUGAUGAAAAGAUCCUGAAUAUAUUCAGAAAGUUAAUAAAACUAUGCCACACCCA